CCCUUCAACAUUCAGCCUCAACUACGCACCUCUCAUGGCCAUGUCCGCCAGCAUAAACGCGAACGCGAACGCGAACACGAACACGAACACGAACACGAACACGAAAUGGACCAUUGCCGCCAUCACCAUCGGCACCAGCAGCGCCGUCGUCACCACCACUCGGAGCAUCACCACCACGAGGCUCGGCCGAGUCGACGUGCAGGCGAGUGGCUCGAGGCCGCGGGGCAAGCAGGCGCCGGCAAGCCGGCCAUCGUGGCGCCGCCCAGAGUGCAGAUCACGCGACGCCGACUGGCUCGUCUGCCAGGGCUGCUGAGCCAACUGGCCGGCUCGACAACAAGCAGCACCAGUCUGGAACUGGUUCAUGACAGUGAGCUGGGCCGUCUUGAGGCCGGCCGGCUCGGCGGCCGAGCCCUCACUGACCUGCCGCAGCGCCACAGACUCGCGAGAGGAGGCCAGACCGGCGAGCUCGAUUGGGCCCGAGUCGGACAGCCCGACUCGCACCUGCGGCCCGGCCUAGCGCCCCGCUCCGGUCCUCUGUCUCUGCACACGCGCCAACUGGCCGGCGACCAGUUGCUGAUGGCGCGUCCCACGGCUCGGCUGGCGCUCUUUGACGAGCAGGCCGACGGCGCUGAGGCGCGCAGGGGGCCGGCCGUCGGGCCGAUGGUGCGCGUGGGAGAGGAGGGCAACUUUCUCAACGCCCCACUCGCGCUGGUUCAGUACUGCCCGCAGACCUGCGACCAGGUCUACGUGCACGCCAGCCUGACUGGCGCCGACGGUCUCUGCCUCCUCGUCGUCGGCCUGGAGGCCUACACCUGCGUGCGAGGCAAGCCCGUCAUGGUGCAGUGCGUCGCCGCCACGCCCGGCCUUCCCAUGCCCAUCAUGGCGCGUCUGGUGCUGCGCAGAGGCCUUGGCCCGGCCGCACACUCGCGCCCGCCUCUGCCCGGCACGCAGGCCGUCUCCCCCGGACACACCGGCCAGCCCGCUGUUCUCGUCAUCCACGACAACUCUUCCUCCUCCUCUUCCUCCUCCUCCUCCUCCUCCUCCUCCUCCUACUCCUCAUCCUCCUCCUGCUCCGUAUCCUCCAUCUCAUCCGUCUCCUCCGUCUCUUCCGCUGUGCUCUUGGCAUUGGCUUCGUCCAACGCCUCCUCCGGCUCCAUCGACUCCAUCUCGAUGUUGUUUGCGGCCGACUUGGAGUACAGCCGCGAAGGAAUAGGCGUCAGCAGUUCGGCCGUCCUACGACCCGGUGGACAGAUGUCGCAGUCGUCGAGGGAUUACUACACUCCGCCGGACGAUAGCGCCUGGCCCGAUGAGAAUGGCGUGCUGUGGGCAUCAGGCCUGGCCGCCGGGCAGCCGACAAUUGUUCGAGACGUCGUCACGCCUUCGGAGCCAAGCGACACUCUACUGCACAAUGGCAGAUUGUCCAAACUAAGCGGCCGAUUUAGGCUGUGGCAUCCGGCCUGGUGCAGUCUGACGCAUCGGGGCCUCUUCUUCUACCCCCUCCGACCGGAUGAGCGCGGCUGCGCGCGGCGAUGCAUCAAUCUGGCCGACGUCAGCGCCGUCCUGCGGCACCGCGGCGCUCGAGCCGGCGGUUCGGCCGGUUCGGCCGGCGAAGAGGCGCGCUCGCGCCGCCGGCCGUUGUUGCCGUCGCGGCCAGACCGGCGAGAGGCGCUGAUCGCGGCUGGGCGGGACCAAUUCGACGUGGUCCUGCAGUCGGGCCGCUGCUACCGGCUGCGAGGCGAG